UACACAUCAUUAAGCAUAUGAUAGAAUGCUCGGCGAUUUCAUUGGUGGAAGAACCCACGUGGUAUAGGUCAACUUCCGUGUCAUUCUGCGAAAAUGGCGGAUAAAGAAAAGAAGAAGAAGGAAAGCAUCUUUGAUCUGUCAAAGUACAUCGACAAACCAAUUCGUGUAAAGUUUCAAGGAGGUCGAGAAGCGAGCGGUGUUCUAAAGGGAUUCGAUCCCCUAUUAAACCUGGUGUUGGAUGGCACGAUCGAAUAUAUGCGUGACCCCGACGACCAGUUGAAGCUGACGGAAGAUACGCGGCAGUUGGGACUGGUGGUGUGCAGGGGGACCUCAGUGGUGCUCAUCUGUCCCCAGGACGGCAUGGAGUCUAUUCCUAACCCCUUCGUCCAACAGCAGGACGGAUAAAAUGCAGCCCUUUUCCCUCAAGCACUCACACACAGACAUGUACACAUCCUCAUACAUCCAUACAUUUUAUGAAACAUUAUUUUACAAUGAUUUCUCGCUCGAUCAUGUCUUGGCAUUGAUGCAUGUUGCAUUCAAUGCUGGUUUUUGUUGUAGAAAAGGCAUGUUGGUAUUUGAUGUGCCUGAAAGCACUUCACUUUUUCUGUUUAUACCUAAAUUAAAUGACAAGGCAAAACAUUAUUAACUUGUAAA